AGGGCUUCUGCGGGGGGCAGGCGGUUCUGCAGGCUUAUGGGCCGGGGUGGCGCCUUCGCAUGCAUUAAACGUGUUGCUGCUGCUGCUGCUGCUAAUAAUGUCUACCUUACUGAAGUCAAUAACAUCUACCUCACCUAUGCUAUUAAUACCUACCUUAUGUAUAAUAUCUACCUUACUGAUGGCAGCUGUUUUUUUUUUAAAGAAAAAGCCACCUACAGAACCGAUUGGAAAAUUCGCAGUAAAAGCAUGUGGGCUGUUGUGAAUAUUAUAUAUAUGUAUGUGUGUUUGUAUAUACAUGCAUUCAUAUACAGUGCUUUUUUUUCCUAGGGGGACGCAUACCCCUGAACAUAUUGUGAAUCUUUGUACUUUUGUCCAUUUACUGUAUUUAUUUUCCCCGAUGCGAACUAUAAAAUGGUGAUUUUCUUGAAUCAAAAUGAGAGUACCCCUAAACAUUUUUUAAGAAAAAAGCACUGUACACACACAAAUAUAGGUGCUUAGGUGCUACUAACGCAGUUGUUUGACUUCACAUCAUUGAUGUCUCUCAAGACAGGUGGAUGCCAACCAUGUAUGUAUGUAUGUAUGUAUACUGUUCAUUGGGCCUGGGCCCUGAAGGCAGCUCUCAAAAGUGAGAUCCCUGCAGUAUGAAGCCGAUUGAAAAUCCAGAAUGAAAUCAUCAUGCAAUUACUUGUUGUGAUGCUCUGUGGAUAGAUGUACCUCGCUGAGCAGGGCCUUCCCUGAAGGCAGUUUUCGAAACAAGGUUUCCACGGAUUGUGGCCAUGUUUAAAUAUACAAUAAAAUCAUGUGAUUAUUUGUUGUGAUGCUGUGGGCAUAUCUCAUACUGGGCAGGGACCCUUGAAAGGCAGCUUUCAAAAUGAAAUCCACAAUAAAAUUGUGUGGUGUCAUAUGGUGAUCACAGUCAAUGCCUUCAGCCUUAAGGCAGAACAAGUUUUGGUAUUUACUACUGUGUGCAUGGUACCUAGGUUGUUCUGUGUUGAAUUAAGCCCUGACUCAGUUUUGUAUGUUGGGGAUGUCUGUGGAAUAAGUGUUUUAUGGGAAAUGUGAUUGCAACAAUAAAAGUAAAAUAUACUUAAAAGAUAAUCCCAGGAAUCAAAUUUAGCCUGUAAAAGUCAUUGAAAUCUCCUCAGGUUGACUUAGUAUGCCAUAUGUUAAUAUUGCUUGCAAAAGAUGUUUGCUUGCAUAAGAAUAUCAUGCCUUAUACCUACCUCAGUGCUGUGAACUUUCACUGAUGCUGUUCAUUUGCUUUUUUUUGAAGCAAAACCAACAUUUCCCCCCGGUUGUUACAGAUGUCACAAUGUAUGUGUAUGUGAACUUACCGCUGAGUCAGAGCUUUUUAAUGCAUUCUGUUGUGUCUAAGUAAAAGCUCUUUGAUGUGUUUGUGAUUUCCUUGCUGUGAAGUCAUAUGCAUCCUCUGUAAAGCUCUAGCAACUUUAUUAAAUGUGUAUGAUCUUCUACAGCAAGACUUCCUAGGCAAUUUAGCGUGAAAGUCUAGCCAUCAGAGUUGUCUCAAAAUUGGUUAAACUGUGACGUUAAACUGUGACUCUCCAGAUGUUGCUGGCUUUUAAUCCCCCAUCAUCCAAUGGGAGUUAUCACCAUCCUAACAAUGGUGACUGGAUCUGAUGUGAAUUGUAUUUAGCAACAUUUGGGUGGAGUGUGGGUUUCGACUGCUGAUAAAUAGGAGUGGUCAAAGGGUUUACAAAUGCACACACACACAGGGAAUUUUGCAGGACCCUUUCAGAUGACAUCCACCAAAGUGGAUGCAAGCACAUAGAUAAAUAUUAAGGAGUGGAUGAAAAACCUUGCCAAAAGCUACUAUUGCUUUUCAUAGAAGAACCAUUUGCCUAGCCUUUGCUCAGAUUUAUGAUUCUGAGAUAUGUAAUAAAGAGAACCAGGCCUUUGGCUGGUUGACAUCUGAUGUCCUUUUGAAGAGGGGAUUGUUGGGUUGUUUUUGUUUUUAUUAUGCAUUUUGUGUUUUUUAUAUUGUAAUUUUUUUGUUGUGAGCCAUCUGAGAUCAACACAUAUAGGGCAGUAUACAAUUAAUAAUAAUUUAAACAAUACAUUUUGGCAGAGGAUGACUUGGAGGCUGAGGCUUUAGUCUUAACUCCACUGACCUGGGAGUAAACACUAUUGAAUUCAAUAGCACUGACGUCUAAGUAGAUAUAGUUAGAAUUGUACUGUUGGUGCUUGAAUUGCCCAUAUACCACCUUGUAUAAAUGCAUCUCUGACUUUGAAUUGUAGAAAUGAAAGGAGUGUUGUAGGCUAUCUAGUCCAACCACUAACCUUGCUGCAAGAAAUCCAGAACUAGGUCAUCCCCAACAAGUUGCUGUUCAGCCUCUUGCUUGAAAACCUUCAGCAAGCAAGACCCCAACCCUAUUCUGAGUAAUUGGUGCUAAUGUCAAAUUGUUCAAGCAGUUCUGCUAGUGUUCAACUUGAAUAAAAAUAUUUUUUUAAAAAAACUAUAAGCCCAUUUGAGCUAGUGUCUGUGGCAGCAGAUAACAAGUAUUUGCCUCUUCUGUGUGAUAGCCCUUUGAAGACUAUAUAUUACCCCUCAGUUUUUCUUUUCUUUUCCAGGCUAAAUAUACCCAGUUCAUUCAGUUUUUCCUCAUAAGACCAUCUUUGUUGUUCAGUAUUUCCUCUUGACCAUCUUUGUUGCCUUGCUUUGAACCCAUAUUUCAGUUUGUACCCUUCUUUAAGCGUGGCACCCAGAACUGGACAUGGUACAGUAUUCCAAAUGAAGUUGGACCGAUUAAUGGAGUUUAAAAUCACAUUUGCCUUGUUUGCAGCUGCAUCACACUACUGACUCAUGUUCAGUUUGUAACCAGCUACUACAGUCCUGAGAUCGAUCUUUCAGUUUCUUGUAGACCUUUCUGCAAGCUUAGAGCUGAUAUGGGAAGCAUGGGAGAGCCCUGGCCUUUGAAGGUGUGGUGAAGUCAGGGUCAAGUCCUUUCCUCACAUCCACUUUGGGCACAGGGCAGAGGCAACCACAAAUUUUGAGCGGGUACCAAGGCACACAAAAAAGUUGAAGGGCCUUGAAUUUGAGGGCUCAGUGUUACAGUAUGCUGUUUCUCUGCCAUCAGAAGUAGUUGUUAUCUAGUAGGUGGUGAUUACAGAUCACUUCUUUGCUUCACAGCUUUGCUUCUUUCAUGAAUUAUAAUUGGUUACUGUAUUUUCUUUAUGUAGAUUAACAAAUCCGAGAAGACGGACAAUUCUGAUAAUGUUAAGGUGGUUGUUCGCUGCCGGCCUUUCAAUGAACGGGAGAAAGCAAUGUGUUACAAGAUGGCAGUUAAUGUCGACGAAAUGCGAGGCACUAUUACUGUCCAUAAAACAGAUUCUUCCAAUGAACCUCCCAAGACAUUUACAUUUGAUACUGUUUUUGGACCAGAGAGCAAACAACUUGAUGUUUAUAAUUUAACUGCAAGGCCAAUUAUUGACUCUGUUCUAGAAGGUUAUAAUGGCACCAUUUUUGCUUAUGGACAAACUGGAACGGGGAAAACAUUUACUAUGGAAGGUGUCCGGGCUGUUCCAGAACUCAGGGGGAUCAUUCCAAAUUCUUUUGCUCAUAUUUUUGGCCACAUUGCAAAGGCAGAAGGUGAUACAAGGUUUUUGGUCAGAGUCUCUUACUUGGAAAUCUACAACGAGGAAGUGCGAGACCUGCUGGGGAAGGACCAGACACAGAGGCUGGAGGUUAAAGAACGACCUGAUGUGGGAGUCUAUAUCAAAGAUCUUUCAGCUUAUGUUGUAAACAAUGCGGAUGACAUGGACAGAAUUAUGACACUUGGUCACAAAAACCGUUCUGUUGGUGCCACUAAUAUGAAUGAGCACAGUUCCCGUUCCCAUGCUAUCUUUACAAUUACAAUUGAGUGCAGUGAGAAGGGUGUUGAUGGGAAUAUACACGUGCGCAUGGGCAAACUGCACUUAGUAGAUCUUGCGGGAUCAGAGAGGCAAGCAAAAACUGGAGCCACUGGGCAACGACUAAAGGAAGCUACCAAAAUCAACCUUUCCCUCUCUACCCUUGGGAAUGUCAUUUCUGCAUUAGUGGAUGGAAAGAGCACGCAUGUGCCUUACCGGAACUCUAAACUGACCCGACUGCUACAGGAUUCCCUUGGAGGCAACUCUAAAACUAUGAUGUGUGCAAACAUUGGUCCAGCAGACUACAAUUAUGACGAGACUAUCAGCACUCUGCGAUAUGCCAACCGUGCCAAGAACAUCAAGAAUAAGGCUAGAAUUAAUGAAGAUCCAAAGGAUGCUUUGCUUCGCCAAUUUCAAAAAGAAAUUGAAGAACUUAAGAAAAAGUUGGAGGAAGGGGAAGAGAUCUCUGGCUCUGAGACGAGUGGCUCUGAAGAUGAUGAUGAAGAUGAUGAUGGGGAGAUUGGAGAAGAUGGAGAAAAGCGAAAGAAGCGAAGAGGAAAGAAGAAAGUUUCUCCUGACAAGAUGAUAGAGAUGCAAGCGAAGAUUGAUGAAGAAAGGAAGGCUCUUGAAACAAAGCUUGAUAUGGAAGAAGAAGAAAGAAACAAGGCCCGGGCAGAGCUGGAGAAGCGGGAGAAAGACCUGCUUAAAGCACAGCAAGAACAUCAGUCUCUCCUGGAGAAGUUGUCAGCCUUGGAAAAGAAAGUGAUCGUGGGAGGUGUGGACUUACUGGCAAAAGCAGAGGAGCAGGAGAAGCUUCUAGAAGAAUCCAACAUGGAGCUGGAAGAGCGUAGGAAAAGAGCAGAGCAGCUCCGGAGGGAGCUGGAAGAGAAAGAGCAAGAGCGUUUGGACAUUGAGGAAAAGUACACCAGCCUCCAGGAGGAAGCACAAGGGAAGACCAAGAAGCUGAAAAAAGUCUGGACAAUGCUAAUGGCAGCCAAGUCAGAGAUGGCCGAUUUGCAACAAGAACAUCAGAGAGAAAUUGAAGGCUUAUUGGAGAACAUUCGACAGCUCAGCAGGGAGCUUCGUCUUCAAAUGCUUAUCAUUGACAACUUUAUACCUCAGGAUUAUCAGGAAAUGAUUGAAAACUACGUUCACUGGAAUGAAGAUAUUGGAGAAUGGCAGCUGAAAUGUGUGGCAUAUACCGGAAAUAAUAUGAGAAAACAGACUCCCAUUCCAGAUAAAAAGGAAAAAGAUCCCUUUGAGGUGGACCUAUCCCAUGUAUAUCUAGCCUAUACAGAAGAAAGCCUGAGACAGUCAUUGUUGAAACUAGAGAGACCAAGGACUUCCAAAGGCCGAUCAAGACCCAAAACUGGCAGAAGAAAACGUUCUGCCAAAUCAGGCGCCGUGAUCGAGUCGUUGCUCCAGUAGACUCUGACAGUGGUGGGACUGCAAUAAAGAUUAGUGUGUGGCUUAAUACUUGGCCCAAAUAUGCAGAUUCUCGUUUCUGGAGAUCACAGAAGAGUUUUGAUGGUUUGGUUGACACAGAAGUAGCUAUAAAGGGCUACACUUGUGUCUUGGAGACAACAAGAAAUACAUUUGUUUCCCUUGAUUUGCUUUUAUCUCAUCUGUUACAUGUAUAAUAUGUUCAAUCUAAACUAGAUUGUGACUGUAAAUUUGUCAAUGUUACCAGUACUAAUCCUGCUUCGGGCAUUAUGCAGGUGAAGCUGUUGAGGAUAUAUGGUGUGUUUAAAAUGAACUGAAUUGACUGGAAAAGGUUUUGUGUGUGACUGAAUUUUAACCAGAAUAGCCCUGUUGUGAGUAGAUGACCAGGAUUCCACAUCCUGAUAGACCUGUUUUGCUUCCAUUUGCCUCUUGUGUUGUUCUGCCUUUGCGCCAUUGCAGACUUAUUUUGGUAGCUGAAAGUUCUUGGGAUGCUCUGAAUCCCCUUCUGUCUUAAGUAUCCCCUACCACAUAUGUGCAAAUAACUUAUUAAUUUCUUCAGCAUGUACUUCAUGUGCAUAGGCUUUUCUCCAUAUUGUUAUACAAAGAUGAACUGUUGUAGACCUUAGGUGGUGAUGGGACGUGUUUUGGUUUAGAGAGCAAAGACUGAGAAAUCCUUUAGACUGAAGUUGCACCAAGCAUUCUACAUCAAGUGCCCACCACUUUGAUUAUUUACCCCAGCACUUGCAUCAAUUACUAACACUACUCGUUCUCCCUGCCUGACGCCAUUUCUAGUCUGAGUGGACAUUGUCAACCCCCACUCUCUUUUUACUCUUGAAUCUUUCAUCCCCCUUAAAUUAGGUUGCGAUGACUUUCAGUGAGAACAGUUGCUGUUGGAUGGGUGUGGCAGACAGAACUGAAAAAUGAAACCCUGUGACAUCAUCAGUAGUCUUAAAUGUAGUAUCGUGAACAAAACAUGCUAGGUCUUUCUUGCAUUCGUGACCCUAAAUCAUCUGGCCAAACUGGUUUUUGGAUAAAGCAGCUGAGUCUGGGAACGUUUUAGAAAGCUACCUUGGGCUUCAUCCCUUCAGUGUUUCAGUGGAGGAACAAUAAAUUUUGUGAAGGAUGUCAUGAACUGCUGCAUUGCCGAUUACCAAGUGACGAUUUACAGGGUGUUUACGCAAUAGAGUUACAGUAGUGUCAGCAGCUUGGUGCAUUUUUACCCUUGCUUUAGUUGUACAGUGGUACCUCAUUUUUAGUCCGCCCCGUUUAGGGUCCAUUUCGUCCAAUGUCCGCUGCAAACCCGGAAGUACCGGGUUUGUGCAGAGCAGUGCUUUGUUGAGCGUCUGGGGCUCCAGAACAGAUCCUGGACUGUACCUGUUUUGAGUUUAAAAGAAAGAAAAGUUUUUCCUUGUUCAUCAUUCCAGAUAUUUAGUUGGUACCAGGUUAUUUUUCCAAUCUCUUAUUUAUGAAGUGGUGCCACUACCAUACACAUAAUAUUGUUAAUACUGUUUCUUUUGUAACUAAGUAUAUUGUGUGACAACUGCUGGAGAUAUCUGUUACUGUAUGUAUUUUGUAAGUCUUUAAAUUAAACAUGACACUAACUGUGCGACUUGUAUUCUAAAAAACUGUGUUGGUUGUUGUGAAAUACUCCAAUGCUCGAAAUAAUAAUUUGUCAUAACAGGAUUUGCAAUUGGACACUCUUUAGCCUUACUGAUUGUGCUAAAUUGCUAUAGGCUGUACUGCUCUCUCUCUCACACACACACAUGAAAACUACCCUGACAAUUUCAGCUAAAUGUCAGCUGUAGGAAAAAUUUAGUAUGAAUAUGGAACACAAACUUGGAUAAAGAAAAAAUGGAAAUGGGGAAAGAAGAGUUUUUUUGUUCAUAGUUUGGUUCAGCCCACUUAUAUAGGCAUAAGGAUUGGAGCUGAUUUGAUUCUUUUCAUACAUAAUGUAUUCCUAACUCUCUGCUGGAUUAGGAAUAGAUCGGUGGUUUCAUUUCUAAUCAAUACAUUGUUGUAAUGGUCAUUGCCAAAGGAAGGAAUCUCCACCCAAAUGCUCACCUGUCUUGAGUGAGUGACUCCACAAUUGUGGUGUUAUCAGAAAACACACACUGGGCAUGCAAAUUGUGUCUGAAAUACAGUGAUUGCAUCAUCUAAUGAAGAAAUGUGAUAGUUACAAUCAACCAAUUGGAACGCCAAUGCAUACAUUGCCCUUUGAUUACUACUGGAACAUUUGUCUUUCUCUUGACUAGCUUUAGUUUUGGAGAUUUAAAAUUCUUGCUUGUCAAGAGGUAGGCAAAUUUCAAAAGUAAGUUUUAGGAGGAUCCUGGCAGACUUGACUCUUCAGUUUUUAAAAUAACAGUUUGUCAUAGUUGUGGGCACUGUAUUUAUAUAGCUUGUAGCCAGCUUGGGCCAGUUCUUCAGUCUUAAAAUGCUAACAAGUCUAAAAUAGCACACGGGUUUUGUUUUGUUUUUCUCAAAGGUGGCAUUUCAGGUUAGACACAGCCUUAGGACCAUUUUGAACAAAGGAGCAAGAGACUCUUAACAGGAGCUUCAGUGAAAGUUCACAGCACCACAGUACAAUGCUUCAUAGUCCUUUGUUGACUCAUGCAAUGCAAGUCCAACCUUGCUUGUGCACACACAGAUGCCUCUCCAGCAGAGCAAUCAUCUUAAUUUAGGAAAAUUGUCCCAAAGCUUUUAUUUUAUUUUUCUUAGUUUCGGUUUCAGCAUCUGAAAUGGUGUCUGCAUGGGUUUUGUGGAGUCGUUUUCUUUAAUGACUUAACCGGUUCCUGGACUACAAAAAUAGGAGAUGUCUCUCUCCAUGCCUUUGGAAUUAGUUACCCUGUGUUCUUUAUCAUUCUAACAAAUGCUUAUUAGUCCAUGCCAUCAAGUCUGUAUAUAAGGGCAUAAAUACCAGAUGUAAAAUUGAUCCCUAUUUAUUGUUUUGCUAACUUUUUUGAGAGUUAAAAUUUCUGGUUGCGUUGUAUACAAAGUGUGCUCCUUAUGUUGUAUAUAGUGAGACAAUGUCUUGACAUUGAGCAUGUUGAUGCCGAGAAAUAAAAGAAUUGGAU